AGUGAGGGCCUGGGGACGUCUGGCUGUCAGCAGUUGGGUGAGCCCUGCUGCUGGUGUGGUGAGGCAGGCUGGGGCAGCGAGCAGCAUGAUCUUUGUCCUGGGAACAUGUCAGGAGCUGUGAGUUGCUGUCAUACCUGCGGUGACAUGGAAGGCCUGGAUACUGCGUGUUGAACUCUGAAAUCCAAAGUGGAAAUCCUGUGGCAGUUGCUGUGUGUUGAGGACACUGUGGUGCUGUUUGGAGAAAAGCCUAUGCGUGUGCUAGUAGAGACUGUGGAAACAUAUGUACCUGUAUUUGUGACGGGAGUCAGGCAGUACAUGUUUCUGUCUGCAAGAGCAUCAGUGCACUCUUCUUGUGGGUAAAUUAUUUGGGAUUACUGUAGAUUAUGAGGAUGUGAGGGGAUUUGGCUUUAUACUUGGAAGUAGAAAUGAACAUCAGAGUCUUUAAAAGGUUUUGUUGAGGAAAGAGGGGAAUUGGAUGAGUUGGUGGGGAUUGUGCAUCUACAGGGUGAAGGUUAUGUUAGGCAUUGUGUACAUGUGUGUAUCAGGGGAAUGGUAUUGGUACAAAAGGGAAACUGGAAUUUUCCUGUUGCUGAGUUAGUGGGAACUAUAGUCUGUGUGGAGAGAGGAGGUAGGCUUUCAUUACUGUGAAUGUGAAAAGCUGAAACGGCGGGGGGGAUGCUGAGCAAACUGGGUUGGAGUUUCAGCUGUGUCCUGGGUAGGUAGCAGGUGGUGGGUGGUCCUGCCUCCCCUCCGUGUGCAGAGGAGCACAGUAUAGUUGUGACAGCCAGUGGAAGCUAAAAAAAAUGAAGAUGGGGUGAUAUUACAGGAUUAGGGGAGUCUACCAAAUGGUCACGAGGUUUCUCUUCAAGGUUCUUUUUUUUUUUUUCCUCCUGCUUUAUUUUGUUCUGUUUGUCUCAGUAGGUAAAUUGUCCAUUAGCUUAGUGUAAACUUCUGCUGAAACAAAUGCUUGUAACAGUCUUGGCAGAUGAGCCGCUAACUAAAAGCACUGUGGUACAGACAAGUUCCAUGUAUGUGGACUGAGGCUGGGCUGUCUGUGCUUGUGCGUUACAUAAACCUUUAUACUUAGGUUGACUGUGUGUCAGAGGUACUGGCUGUAAUGCUGUUUGAAGAAGGCUUAGUACCUAAACAUUUGAGGGCCUGAGAUCUGUGGAAUGAUGAUUUACAGUGGGAAGUUGUUUGGCUUAGGUGGAAGUGGAGAGAAAUUGCAUCUGUGUGUCCCAUGUUCUGUAGGUUUGUGGUAGUAUGAAUUACUUGUUUACACAGCGCCUCAUCUCGUGUUCUGUACAGAUGUUUGGAGGAGGUUGUGUUAUGGGAUACGUGGUUUAAUUAUGGUGCAUAGCAUCAAUAUAUGGGGAUGCUGAAUUAACAUGGUAUGGAAAGGGCUGUAUGUAGUGUGAGGCUGACAGCUGGAGGCCUUAUAUGUUUGAAGGGUGCAGUUGGAAGUCUUGGAGGAAUUUUGGGUGUUAGUAGGUCGGGGACAUUUGUAGUGGCUGCACAGGGCAAAAGAGAAAGCAAGGAGGAAGUAAGUAGGUAUCUGACUUGUUUUGAAGGGCAAAGUGAUUGCAAGUCAUGUGUAGAACCUAGUUUAUUUUUGUUGUGAUAGCUGUGAUGUGGUCGAGUAAAAAGGCAGAAGGUGGAGGAAAAAAAGUCUCGCUUGUAGUUACGAUGGAUUAUCCAGGGUGUUUCCUCAUCGCUGAUGUGGAAUUACCAGUGGAUGCUGGUGCAUGUAAAUGUUUCGAAGAUGAUUACUAGUAUGUGCUUCUGACUUGCUUUACUGAGCUUGAGACCACACCUUGCAUAAAUAUAAACCCAUCACGAUUUAAGUUAAAGCUUGCAGAAUCAGUGUGUUUAAUACAGUCUUUUAAGAUGCCGGAUGUAAAGGACUGCCAUUCUCAGGGAGGGUGAUGGAGUGCAGUUAAUACUUCUUAAAUGUUAACUCGCCUCUUUUUCUUCUUUCUUUUACUCUGUUCCCUGUUGUACUAAUUCACUUUUAAUAUUAGAUUAAAAAAACCAAAACACAAAAGACAACAGUAGCUGUGAUAUUCAUGAUUAUAGUACAAUUAUUUCAAUUUGGAUCCGUUUUCAUCCUCUUUCAAUCUGCAAAUUCAGAUUUACUGUAUGGAAGCAUCGUGGAUCAUCAUUAUAGUAGGAAUGCGUAGCACAGUGUAAAUAGCUGCUCUUUUCCAGUCAGCACUGGGAGUCACCUCAGUGCUGCUUUUUGUGAGCACAGUGUUCCCCACGUCAAUGGGGAGGCCUUGGUAAAACAAUUCAAGUUCUAGACUCAGGGUGUGAAUUGUGGAGGGUGAUUAACAGGUCACGCUUAUCUGUGUCCAUUUUUUCCCUCUGAUAUUGAUCACCUCUAUCACCUUGUAUGCUCUAAUUUUUAUCUUUACUUUUUUCAAUUCCUACCACAUUGUUGAACAAACUUUUCUCAUCUCUGAAUUCACUGCUACACUCCAGUUUCUCUUUGCCUCUCUGAAGGUAAAGAUGCAUCCAUCAGAUCUUGGGCAUUUGAGCAGCCCGAGUGCUUUGAUCUCAAUAUUGAUUUUCUCAGCAAAUUGGAGGAAAGCAAUGCUGAUUUCUUGAAAAACUGUUGGAGUUGUUGCAACGUAGGCUAUUUCCAUGUUUGUCACCUUCAUUCUGAUCUUCACUUAUUUAUGCUUGAUUAUCUGCAAGGUUUGGCUUACAAAUGUACAAGGUGUGAACUGUUGCAUUUUCGUAUUGUCUCAACUGCUUGUGGUGCGAUGUGAGAGAUGUUUUAUGAAACUCCAGGAGUGGGUUAGGCCUGGCUUUCAGUCCAUCUAGUAUGCACGUAAUCUUCAGGGAGUUUAACUGCAAUAUCUGGACGAGGCAUUACAAGUUCUUAAUUCAAAAAAAAAAAAGAAAGUAUCAACUAACAUCAGCCUAUAAAAGCUUGGAGAAGAGGAAUCGUUUGUAUGGACAGUGAAAAACACGUUCUUGAUGCAAGAGCAAGGAUGCCAAUUUUCCAAAAACAACCAAAACUCUUUCUCUAUGAUAGACAGCCUUGCAGAACUCCUCAGCUGUUUGCCUAAUGUCUUUCAGGCUUGGACAGAUACCUAGCAUGGGAGACACUGAGUCAAACAAGCUAAAAUUUGGCAAAUCUGUCUGAGAUUGAUUGCUUCUAAUGUGGCAGUUUCAACCAUGCAUGUAAGCGUUGUGAGUUGAAGAGCGUAUAGGACCUAUAGUGUUUGUGGAAUGUACCUGAGCAGUCUUGUGUGCUUAUGGCAAACAUAAAUUCUUAAGAAUUAAUUAAUGUUGCAAGAAAACUAAUCUGAGAAGUUUUGCAUGAGCUGGAGAUCGCCUCUUGCAGUUUAGUACUGAUCUUAAUUUCUCGAGGUGUUAUUGGUAUGGUGAAACGUAGGGUUUGCUAAUGAGUGUAGUUUAAGUUAGUCUUCUGCCUUUUGGGAGAAUUUACAUUGGGAGACAAGGCCGAAGGAUGUUUUUAGUGAAAAUGUUGAUAAAAGCCCCCCUCCUCAUCUCAGCUGCUGCAGCCAUUCCUACAAAUUGAGGGAGGUUUUCUGAUCCAGGUAUUGUUCUGCUAUGAAAAACAAAUUGCCCCCUACUGCUCCCCUAAGCACCAUUACUUUCUCAGUAAUAUUCAUUCGGUUCAUGGUUUUAUGAUGUUACUACAUUACUGUCUGAGGGUCUAGAUUCUCAGCUUUUUUGAUGGAAAAUAAUCUCUUCAUUGGGUUUUCUUUCAUAUGAAUGAUGUACCCAGGUGCUUAAAUCUAUUCCUGGGAGACUUAACCAGAAUUCAGCUGAGGAAAAUAGCCAAUUCACUUAAGGAUGUUUCAGAGCAGGCUAUUGGAGAGCUUGAGAUGGCUCUUUGGUGUGUUUGGUAAUGACAAGUUAAUGACCACAAGCUUCCUAUUAGGUAACAGAGGAGAGCAGCAGUCUGUCUCGGCGGUUUUCAGGGCAUUAGUGUAUGUUAAGACAAAAUACCACCUUCAGUAUUUCGGUAACCCCAGUGCAGGAAGUUGACCUUUACUGAAUGUAGGGCAAACAUGGUUCCGUGUUGUUGGAAUGUGAACUAACUGAUUUCAUCAAGGAGGUUAAGAAAUGAGAUGAUGAUUUCUUUAGUAGAAGAGGUAACAUUUCAUUGUUAUUUCUAUGGUCAUCGUGUGUGGUUCAUGCUGUGGCCUAUUCUCACCAGUUCUCCUGUCUUAUCAAAGCCAGGUAUUUCUUGUUUAAAACUCAUGACCUUGCAUUUAAAAUCUUGUGUGGCAAAAGAAAAGUUGGUGACUAGAGAGAAACAUCUUAAAUGAUAGAACUAUCUGUAGGAAAUUAAUACUUGAUCUGAGCAGAAAAUAUAAUACAAUAUAGUAAUUAUAGUAAUAUAAAGCAUUACAGAGUGUGUGCUUUGUUCCCUACCCUGAGCUUGAGUGGAACCGCUGCUGCGGGUUAUUGAAUUGUGUUUUCAGUGUUUCUUAAAAGGUUGUAUGUUACAGUAGAUGUAGGUGAUAAUGAAAUGUGUAGAUUUUGAGGUUUUUAGGGUUAAUAGGAAAACUUUCCUAGGUGUAUCCCACCAGCUUUUGAUAAUUGUAACUGCGAAGGAGUGGAGGCAAGAGGGGAUGAGUGCUGAAACACUUGUGCUGUGGUUACUGCAGAAGAGAGGGUCGUUCUCAGUACAGCUGCCUUAGGUCUUAUGAGGUGGUGUGUUGGUGGCUCAGGACAAGUUACUGCUGCUUGAAGGUCUCUUAGAUGAAUGGGCAGUAUCUGCCUUAUUGCUUGUAUUUAUAUCAUCAAGCGGUAUGCUGUAAUUGCAGAUGGUCUGUAGAGUGGAACAGUAAGUUACGUGGACCCGGUAUAUGUAGUAUACCAUAUAGUUUGUGUGGUUGUAUUUUAGACUAGUUGUACUCUGGUUUUAAGUACACCCUAAAUACUGCUGGGUAUUAGGUGCUCUCCAGGGGUUUUAGUUGAGGUAAAUCUCAGAGAUGUCCAGAUCAUGUGUUUAGAGACUACUCAGAGGGUGCAAACUUAAGCACAGUAAAUGGGAUGGCUCAGAUUUCCUUGAAAGUGCACUACUGGUCCAAAUGAAAAUGCUAAUGCAGAUGUUCUGAUUGAGUCUUAAAGCAUCUUAGAGUGCUGCAGAGGGUGCUGAGCAGUGCAUGUGUCUACAUCCUCCAUUCUUCUGCCUCUUGAGUGCUGUUGUCAGGCCUGGGUGCCCUCUGAGUAAGGCAUUUUAUCUAUCUUGAAAGGUAUCUGAAUCUUUGUUCCCAAAUUAUUGGCCCUAGUUCUGAGAUUAUUGUUAAAAUUACUAGUAUUAAAACAGCAGUGCUGGAAAGCAGUUCUUUCAUGGCUUUACCUCAGUUAAUCAAGAAUGAAAUGAGUAUCUGUGAAGCUUGGCUUCCUGUGGCUUGGUGUCUUGUGGUUGGAUUUUUUCUGAGUGUAAUAUUGCAAGUCAGCUCUGAAAGUAUUUUUAUGUGUUUGGGGCACGUGUAAUGUAUGUGUCCUGCAUGGCAAGAUGCUGUCGGUAACAAAGCUGAGCUCCUGCAGUACUUGUUCUCAAGAGGGCACUAGUUUGGAUGGAAUGUCUCUACUUGACCCAGCUAUUUAUUACCACAAAACUCACAGAACAUGAUUAUUUGUUGAAGUAUUUACUCUUGUGUUAACUUAUGAAUUGUGGUGAGUUUGAGCAAACUGCUGAGGGAGGGGAACUGGAGCUUGGCUUUCUAUGGCUGUAUUCAACCUUAUCAUUCAUGGUAACUCUUGCUUUACCUAAAGCCUUUUUAUAUAAAUUUAGAAGUGGUUUUUAUUUCUUCCAUAACAGUUAAAAGUUAUUUUAUUCUCUCCCUCCCAUGUUUCAGGUUACAUACUCAGAGGUAGGAAACGGUGCUCCUAACAGUGGCCAAUCUCUUCUCUACAGGGCAGAUACAAUUAUUGAGGGCACCCAACAUACGUAUUAAACUGGCCCCAAAUGGAUGGAUGUAAAUUUCCCCAGCUGUAUAUUGUAGUCUUUUGUAAUGAUUUCUGUGAAACUAGAGACUAGUAGUAUACCCUGAUAUGUAAAGUAGUUUUGAACCAUGAAUGAGGUUUUUUUUUUUAAAUGAGCAGUGUACUGAUGCCUGGAGUACUGCUAGAUUUGAUUUUGAGGGUGGUAGAUGAGUACAUAGAAGGGAUUUUGGUUUGUGAUUGCUCUUGUGACCUUGAAAAGCUGCUGAAACUCUAAUGUGCUUUGAAACUUGUCAGAUGAGGAGUAUACUGUACUUGGGUGUUAUAGAGUGUGGACUGAAUUCUGAGUUUUGUCUUCUGUGUGUAAAAACUGAAGAAAGUGUUCCUUUUGGAUCUGUUUUAAGUGCAUGAAAACUCAAAGCAUUUUUGUUUGCUCUGAUUUCCAACAGGAAUCUCUCCUAGUUGAAACAUGCUCUGUAUACUAGUUUAUGCACAAGUCCUCAUGUCAGAUAGGGUACUGCUGUAAGCCCUGGUGCUUACUCUCUGGCAUCUAGUUUGAUUGAUUCUCUGUGGGCUGUUUGAGAAAGAGGUGUUCAUAGCUGACUCUUCAAGAAAGGGUGGUAUUUCUUUAAUGUGUGUUAAUAUGAGAAACAUGAAGAUCCUUUCUUAUUUCAGCUAAUGUAAUGCUUUAAUCCAGACCUAACUGUGCAGUUCAGGGACUCACCUAGGUAGUGAUUGUCUUGGAGAUCCUCCCUUUUAGGAGGCAGAGAAGCUCUGUCCAUCUCGUUACAGCCCUGGUGCACAGAACAUUCUGUUAGGAUCUAAGAGCAUCUCGCUUUGGGUGUUGUGAGUCAGAACUGAAGCGAUGCCUAAAGGGAGUUCAGUGUCUCAUUGCAGGUAGGGAUUACAAGCAGUAAACUCAGUUUACUCUAGCAGUGACUGUUAGCCAGUACUUGUAGGACUGGUACCCAUAGCUGUAUCAAACCAACUCUUCAGCUGUGCUGUUUAUCUGUUUGCUAACUUACAUUUUCUUUGUCUUUAUCUUUUUUCCUGAAGACACAACAUAGAAAUGAACUUUGUUUCAUUUUUUUCUCUGAAAAUGUUUUUUUGAUGUGUUUUUUGUUUAUUUUUUGAAGAAACAAACCCAUCUUUGUAUUACUGAUGAUGAUGGUAAAAUAUCCCAUAUUUGGUGUGGGUUUGUCACCAUGUUGUGGUUCCCUUACUGAUGGCUUAGGGUAGUGGAAACGCUUGAGGUCUGAGUUAUGUCUGAGUAUAUUACUGAGAGGGAUACUUCAUCUAAAACAUAGCACUUGAUUGUGUGUAAAACUAGACAAAUAGUAUUCCUGUACGUAACCAAAAUGAAAAUGAUCUUGUGAAAGCUAUGGCUAGAACUAAUACUAUUUUUUCGUGCAGCUUAUUUCAGAAGUCCUCUAGAAGUGCACCAUAAUUGAAUUGCUGUUUAAAGAGGACCUAAAGAUUCAUUGGCGUUCUCAUGGAGAUGCUUAAAUAGAAGCGAUGGUUGCUUUGUGAGACAUUUUUCCAGCCAACCCUUCUUUUGGGUGUCUCUUACAACGUAAAGAAACUGAAAGCAAUUGAAGCAGUACACAAAUGCAAAUGUUUCACAGUAUUUGCUAGAGUCAAAUAUUCUGUGCACUCUGCUCUGCAGGCAAAUCUGAGAGCUUGUCUGUUUUUGAGGAAUGGUAAAAGCUAUAGCUUAAUGGUUUUUUUUCUAAAGUAAUAAUUUAACUUGUGUGUUAGGCAGGAAAAAAAAGCAUUGUUAGAACUUUGCCAUAGUAAUGACAUUUUUUUUCCUUCUUUUAUAUCAUAGUGAAAUGAUAUAAUUCAUCUGACUUCUGUUUUCUGUUUGGUAUGCCUUAUGCUGAACUAUAUCUGUGCUUUGGUAUGUUGGGUCUUGUUUUUGUUUGGUUUUAGGGUUUUAGUUUUGUUUUUCACUAUGUAAGAGUAAAAACAUGAUGCAGGCAACACCUGGUUUGAAUGCCAAUAUCUAGUUUGUAACUAAAUCCAAUAGGGUAACUUCUCAGUUAAACAAACCUCACCAUCUGUAGGCCAGAGAAGAACAACUCUGAAAUACUUAAUGAUCUCAAAAUAGUAGCUGUUGUUAACGAUAACCGUUUACUUACUAUGUGUUUUUGACCACUCUUUCACUCUUUCAGUAUUUUUUUCUUUAAUUUUAAUAAAGAAGAAAUGGUGUUAACUUAGAAUACCUUGAGUUAUGCAGGAGAAAGGGAUAAGAUUAGAGAUUGUCCAAACAUCUUCUGAUCACUUUUCUUCUGACGUUCAUUGAAGUGAGGCUGACUUAGGGAGCCAGAGGGGAAGGAAUGAAAUUGCAGUGUUGUUUAGGAUUCCUGAAAUAAAUUUGUGCUAUUGUUGUCCAUGACAGGGAAAAGAAUUUACCGUGGUUAGAAAAGUGUCAUGGGAGAAGCGUUCUGAAACUGUGUUUUUGAAACCCUGUAGUAAUUUAUUCCUGGAAGAUACUGUCCUUCAAAAGUACUUUAUAUUCACAGCUGUUUUGACUCUAAUUUUCAAUCUGAACAGUUUUCCAUAUUUCUGUACAUGUGCAGAGGGGAAGUAGGGCUCCAUCUGGGGAGAGCACUGUUCAGUUACUGCUUGGCUUUUUUUUCUUCCCCCACUGACGUUUCUUUGUUUUGUUUGGUUAAUAGGGAAAUGUUUUGUGUAAGCGGAGGCAUAGGAUAGCAAUUCCAGAACUGAAAUAACACUUUUUUUUUGUGAGAGAUUUGUUCAGAUAUGAAACCUGGUUAUGUUGUCUGUUCCGCAGAGAAGGUGGAGCUAAUGUGGAAGAUGUCUUGAUGUGUCUUAACAUAUUGUCCCUUCUCCAUAGGUUUUGUUUGUUGGUUUAUCGGAAGACUUGCAUAGGAAGCAGAUGUGACAGCUUAGGUCUACCAUGGAUUGUCUUACUUCUUGAAGUAAUGGUCCCACUAUGUUCUGUUGGAAUCUCUAUUGUCCUUUUCUGCCACUUUCCUUUUUAGUGGUCACAUUAAGCUGUUGCCAGUACAUAAAGAGUCAGUGAACUUGGGCUACCUAUGAGUGAGCUUUCUUCUGCCCUGUAGUUUUUGCUCCAACCUUAGAACUGUUGAUUGAUUCCACUUAGCAUUUAUCCUUUCCUUUCCUAGGGUCGAAGCGAGAUGCUGUUGCCAAAUGAAAGAAACUAACACAAGCAGGAGAGGAAUUGGAAAGUAAUAGGUGCUUUUAGUGCAGUAGUAAACGGAACUACUUUCCAAAGAAACAUAGGUUUACUGAAAACUUCUGCUAAUGUAGAGGAUGCUGGGGUAGGCAGAGCACUGUCUAUUGUGAGAUAUUCUUCAUUAAUACCUUAACCCUGGGCUGUGUUGUAUGCCUCUUUUCAUCAUGUGAGGGAUUUUUACUGGUGGAUAGGCAAGGACUUAUUACCAAGUUUUGUUGCUUACUGGAGUUAUUUGCUUUGUGGAGGCCCUGUGACUCUUUAAUACCAGUACGCUGCUAGGGAGUGGGGAGGAGCUGCUUUGUAUUUAGUUUUCAUUCUCUGUCCUUAUCACUGUCAACAUGGUUUCUUUGAGCUCCUUUUUUUUUCCUGUUGUAUUCCUUAUUGAAAAGGGAUUGGGAGUGGGGGUGGAAACUUCAAUCUGUGCUGCUUUUUUUCCCAAAGUUUUUUCACCUUGAAUAACAUGGAAAAACAAACAUAAGCCCAAGUCCUGCAGGUAGCGAAAAACUUAACGCGGGAUGAAAUUUCUUCUUGUUGUGUAUGUGAGAUGUUGUGGAACUGAUAGACUUGCACCUCUGUUAGAGGAAGCAAAAAUGCUUAGAAGGUCUUUGGGAGACUGAAGGAAUGUACUUGGAUUGAACUGUGGUGUUCAGAGGGGAAAAAAGGCUGAAAUUCUCUCUUGCCUCUUUUUCAUUAAACGAGAAAAAGCAAUCAAGCUUGUUCGAUUGCACUGCAAAAGUGAAGUGGUUUUGAAAUGUUACGGGCAGAACAAAAGUAAACCCAUCACAAUUAAAGAAAUAGCUCGUGUGUAAUUUAAUCAAAUCUAUCUUGUUUAUUAUGAGUUUCUUGUAGUUAGUGAAUGUUUUGUUACCUCGGUGGCAGUGCGGGGCAUCAGAUACUUCUGUUCUCUUGUCAGCCAGGCAGUUAUUACUACUUUGCAGCUGUUUAGAACAGUGGCUGUAAAAUUUUGGAAGCUUAUCUGUUACUCAGCUUAAUUUUCUUUCAGUUGAGCCUCUUGAAGCAGCUUGCUAAAUGAGGAUGUGAAAGCAACUGCUAGAGCAAAGGGAGGAGUAGAAGAGUAGGUGUAGCAGGAGCGCUGUCAAUUUAGCUUAGCCAGCUUGUUGCGAGGCUGCACCCUGACAUAUUUCAGAAGAGUUUCUCUUAAGGUGUACUUAGAACACUGCCUGAGUCCGAUGGUUUGGAUACUGUUCAGUACCUGAUAACCUGUUUUACCAGUGGAAGCUGUAAAUUUGAUUGAAAUGUUGCUGCUGAUGAAUUCUUGACAAUUCAAAGUAAUAUCCAUUGUCACAUGGCUAUCACUCUGAUCUGCUGAAGCAAAGAAGUCCAGAUAGAAACAGUGUCAAGUUGUAUCAUCAAAGAUCCUAAAUUUAAUUUAAACUAAGAAUGUGAAGAGAAGGAAGUACUGGAAAUCAUGUCAAAUGUGACAGUGUUAGCAGUGUCACCAGCUGUAUUGUGAUCCUAAAGUAAAAGAACUUGCCAUCAAUAUUUAAUGUUAAAACCUCUAUUAUAGCUAAAUUAUGAAUGCUCUUCUGGAUUUUCCCCAAAUGCAUAGUGUGCUGCGGCUGAUGACAGGACUCCUCUCGUGGUGGUCAUUCCCAUUUAAUUAAAUAUCAGCGCUUGCUGACAAGAAUAUCUUUAUUCUGUAGGCACGUGAGAACACAGUAGAAACCAAAGCUUUACAUAGCAGAAGACAUGGUGAGGGGUUCCACAAAAAAGUUCCCGGGAGAGUUGAGCUGUUUUUCUCUGUCUUCUGUCAUGUCUGCAGAUUUCCCUGGGGGAUAAGAGAAUUGCCUCUGCUCAUCCACUGUGGCAGUGCUAUUGUACACUGCUUAAUGUGGAGCUGGAGCUUAUUAUCUGCUCCGUGCUCUCUGUGCAAGUUUUGGGGAACUGCAGAGGAACUGGAGUAUUUUGGGUGAAACUUCAGUACUGUCAGCACUGGUAUUGACUGCGGUGUGCAGUUACUUGUCGGGCACUGACUGCUUUUGCUUUUGUUUCCAUGAGUUCUUGAAUUUGUUCAGGUUCAGAGGUCACAGUGAAAUGAAUUUGCUUUCAAUGUGUAAUGGAAGAAAUUCAAAUAAUCUGAAAAGAUGUAAGCAAUCUGAAUUUCAGAUAUUCUUCCUAAUUUUUGUAAUAAAACAUACUUCGGUUUUCUUGACCACUUGCUGUUCUCUGCAGCUCCUCUUGUUCUUCCCUUCUCCUGCCACUAAGUUCUAUUAAUUCUAAUAUUCUAUUAUGAAUAUUAUGAAGUGGAGUUAUGAAUACCAAUUUUUUCCUCUUAUAACCACUACUGUUAUUGUCUUGUUGCCAAAUACCUUGAGAAGUGACCGGAAACUUCAUUUCUUGGUGGCUGUGUUCAGCUUAUUGAAAUGUGCCUAUCUCUGUGCACUGAGUUCUUACAUUUAGACCGUGGAACAUUUGAAUUGUACAAAUUGUUUAAGCUUAGAGAUUAAUUUUUUCCGACUUUUUCUGUGUUAUAUAAAAAAGCUUUCUCUUACGUGUGCUAAAAAUGCUUUAUUUUGAUAACUUUAUAAGUUAUGUUUAUAAGUAGUUUGUCAACCUAUAGCAAACCACUUCUGUGCCCUUGAAAGUAGUGACAAGCUGCCAGUGUGGAUUUACCAUGGAAAAAUCAUUACCUGACCAGUUUGGCUGCCUUGUGAUGGAAGGACUAGAUCUUGGAAUAAGGGGACAGCAAUGGGCAUCACUUACUUUGACUGUAGCAAGGCUUUACACAGUGUUCUACGGCAUACUCCUAUUUGUAGUCUGAAUGUAGGGGUGACUGGACAAAUUCAUGUUCAAAGGGUAUCAGUUAAUCAUUCAUACUCUGCCUGAAUGCCAGUGAGGUGUGGAGUUUGUCAGUGACGUGUGGUGACUUGCACUUCUUGUUAUCAAGGACCUGGAGGAGGAAAUGGGAUGUACCUUCAACAGGUUUCUGGUGGACAUGCAGCAAGGCGGCUCAAAGGACUUACAGGCUCUUCUGCUUUAUUCACCCUCUAACAUACAAAGAAGAGUCUCUAAACUGAAUCUUUAUCAGAAGCACAAAGAUCUGGAAGAAGUUUGAUUUUUGCACUUCGUUCAAGAUGACAAGUGAAGCAGUUCAGAUAGCCUCAAUGCAGACACCUGAAAAAGAUUCCAUGUGUCCAGGCAACGAUAUUGGAGACUGCUGCCAGAAAAACAGGAAAUACCAAAAUAAAGCAGAUGUUGUGUCCCGUACUGUUAUCUCAAGGUUUUGCAAGUCAUUCUGUUAUGUGUUCCUUGGCAGCAGGAAUGUAAACUAAUUCUUUCAACACUGAACUAGAACCUUGGCAAGGUUGUGAUUACAGAUUCAAUAUUGCAUAAACAUGGGUGCAUUUUUGGAUAAGCCAAAAACUGAAAAACAUAAUGCUCAUGGUGCAGGGAAUGGCUUGCGUUACGGCCUCAGCAGUAUGCAGGGAUGGAGAGUGGAAAUGGAAGAUGCUCACACAGCUGUUGUAGGUAUUCCCCAUGGCUUAGAGGACUGGUCCUUUUUUGCUGUCUAUGAUGGUCAUGCAGGAUCUCGUGUUGCAAAUUAUUGCUCCACACACUUACUAGAACACAUCACUAACAAUGAAGACUUUAGGGCAGCAGAAAAACCUGGAUCUGCUCUUGAACCUUCAGUGGAAAAUGUCAAGAGUGGAAUCAGAACUGGCUUUUUGAAAAUUGAUGAGUAUAUGCGCAAUUUCUCAGACCUCAGAAAUGGGAUGGACAGAAGUGGCUCAACAGCAGUGGGAGUUAUGAUUUCACCUGAGCAUGUGUACUUUAUCAAUUGCGGUGAUUCACGUGCUGUUCUCUAUAGGAAUGGACAAGUCUGUUUUUCAACACAGGAUCACAAACCUUGCAACCCAAGGGAGAAAGAGCGAAUCCAGAACGCAGGAGGCAGUGUAAUGAUUCAGCGUGUCAAUGGUUCAUUGGCAGUUUCUCGAGCUCUGGGGGACUAUGACUACAAAUGUGUUGAUGGUAAAGGCCCUACAGAACAACUUGUUUCUCCAGAGCCUGAGGUUUGUGAAAUUUUAAGGGCAGAAGAAGAUGAGUUUAUCAUCUUGGCUUGUGAUGGAAUCUGGGAUGUAAUGAGCAACGAAGAGCUCUGUGAAUUUGUUAAGUCUAGACUUGAAGUAUCAGAUGACCUGGAAAAAGUGUGCAAUUGGGUAGUGGACACUUGUUUACAUAAGGGGAGUCGUGAUAACAUGAGUAUUGUACUAGUUUGUCUUUCAAAUGCUCCUAAGGUCUCAGAUGAGGCAGUGAAAAAAGAUGCAGAGUUGGAUAAGCACUUGGAAUCACGGGUUGAAGAAAUUAUGGAGAAAUCAGGUGAAGAAGGAAUGCCUGAUCUUGCUCAUGUUAUUCGUAUUUUAUCUGCGGAGAAUAUUCCUAAUUUACCACCAGGAGGUGGUUUAGCUGGCAAGCGUAAUAUUAUUGAAGCUGUGUACAGUAGACUGAAUCCACACAGAGAGAAUGAGGGGGACCCUGGCGAAGCCGAGGAAAGUGGAACGCAGGGAAAAUUGGUGGAAGCGCUCAGGCAAAUGAGAAUAAAUCAUAGGGGGAACUACCGCCACCUUCUGGAAGAGAUGCUGACUAGUUACAGGCUAGCUAAGAUGCAGGGAGAAGAGUGCACUGCUGAAUCAGCUGCAGCUUCUGCUUCAGAUAAUCAUGCUGGACCCAGUGACCCUGUACCACACAGCCCCACAGAAUCUGGGAGUCGCCUUGCUGAAAUGCAGAGCUCAAGUGAAGAUUCAGGGAUGAAUGAGAUGAGCGAUAAACAGACGUGAUGUCUUUGUUUUUCGUAGCGGAUUUGAUGCUUCUCUUCACUUGGCAUAUUUUCUUUUGUUUAUAUCUCAGCAUUUGUCACAUCUAUCGUAGAAGUCUGUUUGUUUUCAGUUUCAGUUAUUUGUACAGAUUGUUGACGUAAAUAUACUUUUUUCCCUUAGAAGCUGGAAAACUGUUGUAUAUUACAGUAGUUGCAUUUUAUGUUCUAUAGCAGCCAGUUAAGUUCCACGUGAGAUUUGGUUUUUAAAUCCUGUGACCCCCACCGUUAGGAACCUAACGUGCUAAUGCAAAAAUAAAUUACAAAAUCAAAAAGCAUCUGAGUACGUCCUCAAAGAACAUUUUGAUGGUAUGUUUGCUCGUUGUAAAAUAAUUCCCAUCUGAAUGGUAUCUUUUGUGCACACGGUUUGAAUUUUAUGAAUACUUCCAUCCUUUUCCCCAGCAUCAUAACUGCAUGUUUGUAUUUCAACUGUGUAUAGUUUAUAUGACAACUAAAUUACAAAAGCUAUGAUGUCUUAGUUUGUCACUUUUCCUUCCUGAAAUGUGUAUGUUUUUUCGUUUUAGAUUGUAUUCACUGUUCAUAAAUACUUAUUUUCUAGAUGACUGUAUUCUUAUUUUCCAGGUUGUAGCAUAACGUAUAAACAGAAAUUAAAAUGUACUUAGAGUUAGUACAUAGUUCUAAGAGUUUGUGUUGAAGUGAAAAUAAAGAAUAUGCUGUGGAAUAA